ACCUACAGCCACAAUACAACGGACCCUCAUCCCUCUCGAAACUGCGCACUCAGUGUUCUUGAAGUUCUUCGACAUUCGGUGAAUCAGAGACUUCGGGACCGCUUUGUUUUCCAUCCGUCGUCUAAGCUCUGUUCGUUAAGAUCGGAGAAGGCGAAUCAGAGCAAAACAGUCUUUGGCAGCGGUUCGAAGCUUUGCAAUCUAGUCGAGUUGCAAUUUCACAGGGAUCAGCUAUGCCGGUGGAAGGACGGGCGCCCCUGAGGAGUAUCGAUGAUUUCAUCGGAGCAGAAUCUCGAUUCGAGAUCCCGAAUAUUGCCAACCUCGACAGAUGGUCCAAUCGAGUCCUCAACAAUCUUCUAUACUACCAGACAAACUACUUCAUCGUGUUCGCCCUGGUAUUCAUCCUCGUCGGCAUGGUGAACCCGACCCAGAUCCUCGUGGGCAUGGCUGCGACGGUGUCAACCCUAGAGCUGCUCAAUUACCUUAGUCGACAUCAGGCGGCGUUCGCCGGACUUCGUCGACGUCAUCCAGGCAUUUGCAUGACCAUCAUGCUCGUCGGCGGAUAUCUAAUCAUGUCGAUGAUCGGCUCUGUGAUGAUCUUCCUAUUCGGGAUCGCUCUGCCAAUUCUGCUGAUAUUCAUUCAUGCAUCUCUCCGACUCCGGAAUCUCAAAAGCAAGAUCUGGAAUCGCGGCGAAUCCCUCGGCUUGAUAAGCACACCGAUGGGUAUCAUCCUUGAUCACUUCGGGGAGACGUUUGAAACAUUGUCGAAUUGAGCCAAAACUUAGUUCCUGCGCAACAAGCAUCUAUAUUUACGCCGAGUAUCGAACCUGCAUUAUUUAUACGAAAAUAUUCGGUAUCGAGGCUAAGGAUUGUUCGCCACUGUGAGGCAUCAGCGUUUGGAAGGAGAAAGCAUAAUUUGGAGCAAUAAACAUUUUCGAAAA